CGCCAUGUACUCCUUACACACUCGAAAUUUAUGAGUUGUCGUAUCUUACCUAAACAUUGGCUUUGGGGAUACCUCAAACAUUUGGCCAAGAGUCAAAAUUUCUUCUUACAGUUGACACAUCUACGACGACAACGUGCCAUACGAAGGUGUCUGUUUAUGGCUACUGUACAAAUGAUCCUAAACACCCCAUACUACACGUUACAGCUAAUAGACGAGGUCUACUCGUUACAUCCAGAAUUUUUCAGAUCGACCCCAACUGGCCUUUUGACAUACUUGUAUAUGGAUGCGGUGCUCUAUCUACUCUACCUUUGCCAAUUCCCAUUAGUCUCAUUGUACAUUUCGGCCCUCCACUCAGACAUGAAAUCAUGUGACAGGUAA